AUGAAAGUCACCUUCCCUGACAAGCCGCCACAUAUGCCAGAUAAGUAUACCUGGCUCCGCCGAGUCGGUUACUCCAGCAAUUAUCACAUCGGUACUUGUAUCCCCAGCUCUGUCCUCGAAGAUGCGUGUUCUAGACUCAGUAACGGUGCCGAUGAGAACUCAGUUACGGACGCGCUGCUACGAAAGGUUUUGAUAAUAAAGAUUCCCAUCGAAGACUGCCAUAGCCCCUACGAGCAAUCGACCAUGAACAAAGAAAUACGCACUCUUCAAAAGAUAAAAGGCGAAGCGUAUUCGCGUAGCGGCGGUCAGCAUUGUGCGCAGAUAGUGGACCAUUAUGACAUGGAGACCGAGGACAAGGAGGAAACGGGUUGGCUAGUCAUGGACACUGUCCCGCUGUCUUGCGACCUCGCUGCAAUCUCCUUGUUCGAUACUCGGGCGAAGCUUCCGGAGGCUCUUCUUUGGCUUGUCGUCACGCAGAUGUACGAUAUAUUUUGGUUCCUACAACACGACUGCACCCCAUAUAUCACACAUCGAGACCUCGGUAGUAGCAGCAUCGUCAUCAGUUUUCCUCACGAACAAGGCCAGAACAGCGAGAGUGCUGCUGCCAAGCAACCAAAAGUUACUCUAGUUGGGUUUGGAGGGAGUGUCAUCGAAGACAACAAUGACCCGGUGAAGAUGAAGACAGACGCAUUAUUUGGGAAUGAAGCAAUUAUGGAAGACGUCAUGAACCUGGUCACUGAGAUUUGUAAUCUCGUGAAGAGGUGCUACGACUACAGCACCAGUAUACGGGGUACGGGAAAAAUCAUUAGGAGCACAGUGGUCCUUCUGGACGAAGAUGCGCCAGAAGAGGUGGACACCUUCUUUCGGGGGGCGAACUCUAUGACCAGCUUGAAGGAACUGUGGGCUGAUAUCGGGGAGUUCGCUAAGAAGCAAUUGGAGAAGGUCGGCGAUGAGGAGUGGGAGGAGUUGAAGGACUUGGUUCUUGAGAUUGAGAAAUCGGGAGGGAGUUUGAGGGGUGUCGUCAAGGACGUUCUGAAGGGUCAUCCUGCGGAGGAUUAG